AUGCAAUUCUUAAAAUACCUCCUUCCAUUCGUCUUCCUGCUGUCAACAUCAAGGGGUGAACAGCUUCAAUUUCAACUCCAUUACACAGUUCGGGAAAAUGAACAUAUUGGUUAUCGAGUUGGUUACCUGAAUGAUGACCUCAGGCGUCAACAGACGCUCAAUUUCUCCCGACUUUGCGGAGACGCAGACGGAUGCAAGGAUCUUCGCUAUCGAUUGCGAGAGCCAUCCACUUAUCUUGAACUGGAUGAAACUACUUCCAUGCUCACGACAAAAUCCAUUAUGGAUUUCGAACAACUAUGCACAGCACAAUGCCGAUCAACCCUUGAUGCCUUCCUAAGUGUCACUGUAAAUGUUUGGCAGGAUAAAAAAAUCAUUGCAGUCCUUCACGUAAGGAUUCAGGUCAUUGAUAUUGAUGACAACAAUGUUGAAUUUCCUGAAGAUAUAUCUCGUCCGUUUGUCCUUCGGUUGAAGGAGGUAAUUUAUCGCAAAGGAAAAACGAUUGAACUUCCUAAAGCUGAAGAUAAGGAUAUCACACCAAAAUACUCAACUAUCUCCUAUCGAUUGGAAUUUUCCUCUUCCCAGUGGGCCUCCAUGAAAAUGGUUGAACUUACUGUAACUAAUGACUCCAGGCCUCUACUGGUUCUAAAGGAAGACUUGGAUUACGAGGAAGCUAAGGAAUAUGCUUUUUCUUUGGUUGCUAGUAACCCUGACAUACAUUCCGGUGUUCCAAAAUCCAUCUCUCAAGAAGCUAAAAUUCCAAUAUUAGUUCAAGUUUUAAAUAUUAAUGAUAUGGAACCUGUAUUCUCGCAAUCUGUUUAUACAGUUGAAUUACCCGAGGAUGUACAGCCGGGAACAGUAAUCUUUGAGUUAAAAGCCAUUGAUCGCGAUGCAGAUGCAGUGUUAACUUAUUCAAUUAACGCGGUCCCUGGAAUGAACCAAUCAACGCCGUUUGAUGUGGAGCCGGAUGGAAAAGUGCGUCUACAAGAGGCCUUCGAUUUUGAAAAACGCGCUGAUUAUAAUCUGCCAAUCAAAGCAAGUGACGGAGAAUUCACCGCAUCCACCCGUUUGCAUAUUCGGCUUCUUGAUGUUAAUGAUGAAGCACCAACAUUUAUUGUUAAUCCUACUCAUCUAACCGUCGAGGAAAAUCAGCCACCAAAUGUACUCGUAGGCCAGGUCGUCGUUCGAGAUGCGGAUACCUUUGCGGUUAACGGCUAUCUGGAAUGUUCAGAACCAACAGAGGACUCUGAACGCCAGCCUUUACGUUUUGAGCGUCGAGUGGUUCCAAUACAGCCUCAAUUACAACAGGAAUCCACUACCGCUGUUCCGGAGUUGCAAUUUGACCUUUAUACACGCCAGAGUCUAGACAGGGAAGAGGGCGAGCCGGUACGUCUUGCUCGCCUGGUCUGCUGGGACGGGGUUGGAGGUGGCGUUGGUUUAGGGGGAGCAAGUGAUUACAUCUAUGGUGGUGGCUCACUGACAAGCUCCAACAGUGGCCGUGUCUCUGUGCGACUCACGUCAACUCUCACCCUCUCUAUUCACAUUCAAGAUCGAAAUGAUAACGCGCCUAUCUUCACUCAAUCUACUUUCACCGCAGAGUUAUUGGAAAAUAGUGACAUUCGAAAAGAGAUUAUUCAAUUGACGUCAAAGGAUUACGAUACCGAGGAGAAUGCCGUGACAAGGUACAGCUUGACUGACGAUAGCGAAGACGCUUCUCUUUUUUAUUUGAAUGAAGAAACCGGUCGAUUAUACGCGAUGACUCGUUUUGACAGGGAAACGAGGGAUAAUUAUCAGUUGCAAGUGGUGGCGUAUGAUGUCAGCCAAAACCCGUUGGAAAACCCUGGAGGAGACCAUCAGACAGUCUCCACGGCCGUGGUGAACAUUAAAAUAAUCGAUAUCAAUGACCACACCCCGUUGAUUCAAGAGGCAGGAGAACUUGCUCUCCUCGAAAACAAGGAUCCAGGUUUCCUUGUUGGUCAUUUGACUGCUACUGACCUUGAUGAUGGUCCGAAUGGUGAAGUAACAUUUGAGAUUGUACCGGAAGAUCCCCGAGCUGUUUUCAACGGACCACAACUCACUCAGGCUAUAGGAUUUCGGAUGACGCCUAAUGGCAGCAUAUUCUCCACACGACAGUUUGAUAGAGAAGUACAGUCACGAUACUGCUUCCAAGUUCAAGCGAAUGACAAGUCACCCGACAAUGCUCUCUCCUCCACUGCCCGAAUUUGUGUCAACAUUCUCGAUGUCAACGACAAUGCGCCCAUCAUACACUCAAUUGAGGGUCCAGAUGCACGCUAUGAAAGGGAUUCAUUGGCACAGAAACCCACAUUCCCAGGAAUGGAACCAUAUGAUACCCAGAAUUCUUUGGCUGCAUAUGACUUGCCGAGUCUCCGGAUAUCUCAGAAUGAGGCUCCUGGAUAUUGUGUUUUAUCGAUGCAGGCCACUGAUUUGGAUGAAGGUGAAAAUGCCGAAUUGCGCUACGCUCUGAACAAUGGUGCCAACUGUACACCACCCAAUUCAUCUCCUUCUAGAUUUGGACACGGAAUUGACGAAGAAAAGCAGGAAAAUAAAGAACCGGAGUUCCGCCAGUUUCCACUUAACACAUUUAGAAUUGACGAAAGGACAGGAAAACUUCUGUUGGUUAGAAGACUCUCCCACAAAGAAAUUGGGACUUACUGCCUUGGGCUUGUUGUCGAAGACCAAGGUCAUCCUUCCUUAAAAUCAACUCAGAUGAUUGAACUAGUAGUGGAGGAUGUCCCGAGUAGAGGAAAUUGGUUAGGAUCGUCUGGAAGUGGAAAAGGAGGUCUAAACGGUGGCUCGCACACAAACCCCUCUCGUCUUGAAGCAAAGAACAUUCUCAUCGUCAUUGUCCUUUCAACCGUGUCAGCAUUCCUAGCAGCUGUUCUCAUCUCCGCCAUUCUAUGCAUGGUCAGACCUUUUCAUAAAGCCGGAAGAGGACGUCGUGGAAACGGUCAUGGAAAUAGUAAUAUGGGCGGAGGCAUUAGCGGGGGUGGGACUCUUAAACUACCUCCGUUCGCUAUGGAACCUCAUACAAGUCCUGCAUUGCUCAUGCAUCCUGGCGGAACGCUGUCUUGUUCGGAUUCUGCAACCUUGGACGGCUGUUCAGCUGUUGGAGAUGGAACGUGGAUUGUUGGAACUAAUGGAACUCUAAUCAGUGCAUAUGAUGGAAGCGAAUUGAAGAGUGGGACUUUCCGACUGCAUACCGAUGGAACGGGACAAAUCUGGAGUCCAAUGCGAAUGACGUCAAGUGAUUGCGCAUUCGAAACUGAGAGUCUCAUUCCCCUCAGUUUUCCUCCAGAUGCUGCUGGAAAUCCGGUGGUAUCAGGAGGAACGUUGCAGCGUGGUCAGCAUUUCUUACUUCAGCAGUCGCCGCCUCCCGGGUGCACUAUUUCACGUGGUGCGGCUGUUGAAAUGGUUACAGUGCCAUGUGGCGGGCAAGAUGAACAACGAUCAGAUAGUGGACGAGGUGCAAGUGAUGAAGAGGCGAUCUUCCAAGGUCCUUUCCAGCCCAUCCUCUAUGGAAUUCCUGUCGCUUCUACAACAGUGAAUGUUUCUGGAUCAGCAGCUUUAGCUCAUAAUCAUACAAGCUUUACUGGACCCAUUCCUGAUGGAAAAAACAAAACGCCUGUAACUACCGCAAGUGGUAUCUACUUAUGCGCGAGCUCUUUAGCUGGUCAGACAGCAACUUCAGGAGCUGCAGGUGCAGGAUCUAACGAGGCUCCAACUCGAUCCGUUUCCACUUUCGUUACAGCCAUGGAGAACGAGACAUCUAGUCUACCUCGUGGUGAAGUUGUUCCACCCUUCACUGGUAAUAUCAACAAGACCUUUAGCUUACCACGAGAAGGUUUAUGCAUGACAAAGAGUCUGCUGGAUGACCACACUGUGGAUGAAAGCGCCAACAGUUUAUGCCAAGAGAUUGAUCACCUUCUCUUUGACAAUAUGAUCUAG